AUGACAUCUGUGAGGGCCCAAAUUCACCAACAGCUUUACAAGACUAAAACGAUUGCACCGGCUCUAACAAUCACAAAUGCGGUCACUGGAGGUUUUGAUGAACUCGGAGAGUUUGGUUUGGACGACGUUGAGAAUUUGAUGAUUUCCAAUUCGCGACUGACAACAUUCACCAAUUUUCCGUUUAUGCCGAAAUUAAAAACUCUGGAUGUAUCCUGCAACAACUUCCAUGGCGUGAUUGACAUGUCGAUUCUUGCACGCAAUGCUCCAAGACUUAAAGUACUCAUUUUGGAUGAUAAUCAGAUUCACAUUGGCUCGAUUUCCUCGCUGAAUGGCGUCCGAAAGCUCGCCAAUCUUUCAACUACAUUGACAGGGGAUGCAUCACCAGAGCAUUGUGAUCGAAAUGAGAAGAUUAUUGCAAGAGUGCUGCCAAAACUGAAGAUUCUUAAUGACGAGGUUGUAAAGCGAGACGAGAUCAUACCUGCAAGGCCGCCGUCGCCUGGAGCGCAAAAGCUCCACUCUCGAUUGAAACGAUCCAAGUGGCUCCACCGAAAGCCCACGAAGUUCGCGUUAAAAUCCUCUACACCUCAGUCUGCCACACGGACGCCUACACCCUCGACGGACACGAUCCGGAAGGUCUCUUCCCUGUCGUUUUGGGACAUGAAGGGUCUGGAAUUGUCGAGAGCGUCGGAAAAGGAGUCACAGGAUUUGCUCCAGGAGAUCACGUCGUUCCGCUCUACGUUCCUCAGUGCAAAGAAUGUGAAUAUUGCAAGAAUCCAAAGACCAAUAUGUGCCAGAAGAUCAGAGUCUCACAGGGAGAUGGAUUUAUGCCCGAUGGAACGUCGAGAUUCACUUGCAACGGAAAACAGUUGUUCCAUUUUAUGGGAUGUUCCACGUUCUCCGAGUACACUGUUGUGGCCGACAUCUCACUGUGCAAAGUGAAUCCACAAGCUCCACUGGAGAAGGUUUCGCUUCUUGGAUGUGGAAUUUCAACUGGAUACGGAGCCGUCUUGAACACGUGCAAAGUAGAAGAAGGGAGUACUGUAGCCGUAUGGGGACUCGGUGCAGUCGGAUUGGCCGUUAUCAUGGGCGCAAAGGCUGCCGGAGCCAAGAAAAUCGUCGGAAUCGACUUGAUUGAAUCGAAAUUCGAAAAGGCCAAGAUGUUCGGAGCCACCGAAUGCAUUAAUCCGAAGAGUGUGGAGCUUCCGGAAGGAAAGAGCUUCCAAUCGUGGCUCGUGGAGCAAUUCGACGGAGGGUUUGACUACACUUUUGAGUGUAUUGGAAAUGUGCACACAAUGCGUCAAGCCCUCGAAGCCGCUCACAAAGGAUGGGGAGUCUCGUGUAUCAUCGGAGUCGCCGGAGCCGGCCAAGAGAUCGCCACCCGCCCAUUCCAACUUGUCACCGGACGCACGUGGAAGGGAACCGCAUUCGGCGGAUGGAAAUCCGUGGAAAGUGUGCCGAGACUCGUCGACGACUACAUGAACAAGAAGCUGCUGAUCGAUGAAUUCAUUACUCAUCGCUGUAACAUUGACGAUAUCAAUGCGGCCUUCGACGUCCUUCGCAAGGGAGAGGGUCUGCGAUCACGGCUGACGUUUUAG